AUGAGCAACUCUACGCUGAAUGUUCACCCCGUGGCGUACUUGAACGCCGAUUCUGACCAUCCUCGUCAUGGUGAGGACAGAGCUGCAAGAAAGUCCCACUCUACGGAGUCCACCGGUUCUCCGAUAGGUUCCAUCUCGUCCUACACAGAGGUCUCCUCAGACCCUGACUCUCCCCCAGGUAUGCAGACUACUAACUCACCCCACAUCAAGCAGAGCGUCAAUACCACGAACAAUUCUACCCUAGGAACAAUGCUACCUAAUAUCUCUGCUUUGGAUGCUGCGUGUAAUCCGUUCGACUCGCAGUCAAGAUACCUUUACCCAACUUUUAGGCCACAGGUUCCUCAAAUUUCCCAGGUUCCGGUCUCUCAGGUCUCGCAAGUUUCCCAGGGACCUCAAAUUGCCCAACUGCCAUCGCUAUCGCUACCAACACAAUCAUUUCCACCGACAAGAGAUGAGAAAGACGGUGAUGAGGGCCCCCUGCAAUGUAAGUGGAAGGGCUGCACAAAGUUCUGUGAUGAUGCAAAGACUCUUUACCAACACGUUUGCGACUUUCAUGUGGGCAGAAAGUCGAACAAGAACCUGGAACUAAGCUGCCAAUGGGACGGUUGUCGCGUGGUUACUGUCAAGCGUGACCAUAUCACAUCCCAUGUCAGAGUGCACAUUCCUUUGAAGCCUUUUGCCUGUAACAUGUGCUCCAAGAAAUUCAAGAGACCUCAGGACCUCAAGAAACACACCAAGACCCACUUUGACGACUCGAAGAGGAAUGCUGCCAAACGCGAGAAGCAAUUCAACGACUAUUUGAAAGCAAACUGGGUUUAUGGUUAUCCCGUCUACGACCAUGGUCCUCUUCCUCAUCCCUACGCUCUUCCGCCGCCUCCUGUUUCCCAGCCGAUCGAGAACAGAAAACGCAAGUUCGAUCUUUCUUGGAGCGUUCCAACCCUCUACGAGGACCUGAAACGCUCGAAAUUCCAGCCAGCUUACAAUCCGGAAAUUGCCCACAAGCUGAAUGGAUUUGACGCUACCGCAAUGCCAGGCUCUCGUCCUUCUUCCGAUUUCUCGCUUCCGCCGUUGCAUAAUUCAAGAUACGGCGGAUUCCACACUCAGCAGGAUCUGAUGGAGGCUUCAUCUUACUUCAGCCACCUAUCGAAUUCGAUGUCUUACGACCAAGUCCAUCCAAAACCAGCUGUUAGUGGUGGGGGCCAGCUCUAUCCAAUGCUGCCUUCCAAGACGCCUCACGUCAAUAAAUCUGACUCUGAUCACGUGCAACGGCUGAAUGUGAGCUCCGCACAAAGAUCUACAGAGGCAGAUCUUGUCAGUAGGCUUGCUGCUGUGGAGUUGUCCGAGUCAUCGGAAGACGAAGACGACGACCAUUCGGGCUACUACGAUGGGUCGGACUCUGAGUCGGACUCAGAGGACGCUGAACAAUGGACGCAAUUUUACAAACACCGUGAGCUCGUCAGCACGAUUUCCGCUUACUUGAAUGGCCUUGUGGAGGAAUUGGACAAACCGCAGACCUCCACACCAUCUCUUUAUCCAGCUAUUAGUGUUUAG